GUGUGUGUUGUGCUUGUUUACAGCGGUGGACUGCGCUGCUCGUCUGUUUUUGCUGAAAUAUUUCACGCAGUUUUGGGGAAAUUAUUUAAAAGAUUUGGUGCAGUACCGACACGAGUUACUUCAUGUCUUUACGUUGUAAAUUUAUGGAGCGAACAUACGCUAACGGGGCAUGCUAGCACUUAGCUUGGUAAUAACGCUGACCUUGUACUUGGUGUGACGGCGUGAAUUUUUAUUAACUCGUCCACUCAGGUGCUCAUGUUAGUUUGAUCAGUGAUUUAAUGACUUCAUAGUUCUGUUUGUUUGAGAGUGAUGCUACACCAGGUGACUUCUGACCUCGUGUCCCUCCUAAGAUAAGGAUUUGAUGAUGACGACGACGACGAUGAUGAUGAUGAUGAUGCGUAAUGACCAGAGAUCCACUGUAUCAUGGCGUUGUCUGAAGUUUAUUGGGACCACCAAAUACAGCUGCCAAAGCUUCCUCCGGUCCAGGCCAAGCUCGCCGUAGCCCUUGUGGCACUUUUGUGCUUCCUCAACAGUUACGAUGGGGAGUUUGUUUUUGAUGAUUCUGAAGCAAUUGUCAACAACAAGGACCUGAGACCAGCAACACCGCUGAACAACAUCUGGAGAAAUGACUUCUGGGGAAGUAACCUGAGCAGUAAUUCCAGUCACAAGUCCUACAGACCUCUCACUGUCCUAACAUUUAGGUUAAACUACCUUUUGGCAGGAGGUCUCCAUCCUGUUGGCUUCCACAUACUCAACAUCAUUCUCCAUGCGGUCAUAUCUGCCUUACUGAUUGAUGUGUACGCUAUUCUGAUUGGUGGUCUGGCGUAUGACGAGGAUGGAAAGCUUCUGAAUUAUGCCCCUAAGACGUCUCUGUUGGCUGCCUUCUUUUUUGCAUCACACCCAGUCCACGCAGAAAGUGUGGCAGGUGUCGUGGGUCGAGCAGACCUUUUGUGCGCCCUCUUCUUCCAACUCUCAUUCCUCACUUAUUGCAAAGCUUUCCGCACAGGGACUAAAAGAGAUGAGAGGUUUUCUGUCCAGUGGGUUGUGGUUAGCAUCUUGCUCUGUGCUGCAGCAAUGCUCUGUAAAGAACAAGGCAUCACUGUCUUGGGUGUGAACGCAGCCUUUGAUAUCCUGCUGAUCUGUAAUGUUAAUGUGUAUGAACUCAGCCAGAGACUACUCUUUAGGAAGAAUCUCCAAGAUGUACGUGAGAUUCUGCAAAGCGGAUUGCUGACACGAUUGGCUCUCAUGACUUUUGGAGGACUCUCGAUGCUCUACGCACGCUGGAGGAUCAUGGGAACUGGACCACCGGCAUUCACUGACGUAGACAACCCUGCUUCUUUUGCUGAAAAUGUAUUCCUUCGAAUCGUGAACUAUAAUUACUACUACUCUCUGAAUGCCUGGCUGCUGCUGUGUCCCUGGUGGCUGUGUUUUGAUUGGUCCAUGGGCUGUGUGCCUCUCAUUAAGUCAGCCACUGAUUGGAGGAUGGUGUGGCUGCUGCUGCUCUGGUGCAUCCUGAUAGGCUUGAUAAACCAAGCCUUAUGCUCACAGGACAGCCAGAGGCGGAGGACCAUAAGUUUGGGUCUGGUGCUGCUGGUGGUCCCGUUCCUUCCAGCCUCUAACGUUUUCUUCAGGGUGGGCUUCGUUAUUGCGGAGCGUGUUCUCUACCUGUCAUCUGCUGGCUACUGCCUCCUGCUGGCCUAUUCGCUGGGACACUGCUGCUAUCUCUGGAGCAAAUACAGGAGGCUGCUGUGUGUGUCUGUGCUUGUGUUGCUGUGUGUGAAUGUGGCUCGAUGUGCGCUCCGCAGCCACCAGUGGCGAUCAGAGCAAACCCUCUUCACCAGUGCCCUGGCAGUAUGUCCCCUCAAUGCCAAGGUCCAUUACAAUGUGGGCAAGAACCUGGCUGACCGCGGCAACUCUUCUGCUGCUAUCGCAUAUUAUAGAGAGGCAGUCAGGCUGCAUCCUACCUACGUCCACGCCAUGAACAACCUGGGCAACAUCCUGAAAGAGAGGAACGAACUUGUGGAGGCGGAGCAGCUGUUGUCUAAAGCCGUUUCUAUUCAGUCUGAUUUUGCUGCUGCAUGGAUGAAUCUAGGCAUCAUUCAAAAUAGCCUGUGGAAGUUUGAGCAUGCAGAGCGGAGCUACUGGAAUGCCAUCCGUCUCCGGAAAAAAUACCCAGAUUGCUACUAUAACCUGGGACGCUUGUAUGCUGAUCAGAACAGACACGUGGAUGCUCUGAAUGCAUGGAGGAACGCAACAGUCCUGAAACCUGACCACAGUCUGGCCUGGAACAACAUGGUCAUUCUGCUGGACAACACAGGUAACUUGGGCCAAGCAGAGCUGAUUGGCCGAGAGGCUUUGAGGAUCCUCCCACGUGAUCACACAAUCAUGUUUUCAUUGGCCAACGUCCUGGGGAAGUUGGAGAAAUACAAGGAGUCUGAGAGCUUCUUCCUUCAUGCUCUUCAGAUCAAUCCAGAUUCUGCUAGUUGCCAUGGCAAUUUAGCCGUGCUCUAUCAUCGCUGGGGAAAACUGGAGCUGGCAAAGAAACACUACGAGCUGUCUCUAAAGUUGGACCCCGAUGCUCCGGGGACUAAAGACAACUAUAACAUGCUGCGACGCAAACUGGACCAGCUCAAACGGCAAACGCCCUAAUGGAGUAUGUUGGGAGCCCCGCCUGCCGUAAAA